AUGAUCCCAACAGUAUCGAAAAUGGAGAUCGAGCAUAUCCUUAUCCUUGAAUUUGGUGACGAGAACGAUGUCCUCACUCGUUUAGAGCGGGAAUUCUUGGACGAGGAAAUGACCUUUCGCAAACCUUCAAAGCUCAAGUGGCGCCGGAUCAUGAUACAGCACACCUUUCAUGAAUGGUCCUGGUGCCGUCACAUCAGUCAUGCAGACGAAGAUGGCAAAGGACAAAGGCUAGGCCCUAGGGAAGGGAAAGUGUUACGAGAAUGUUAUUUGACUCAAACUAAGUUUCCACAUACCAGUUUCGCAAACUAUGUCCACUCACCCACCGGUGACCCGUACCACCUGCAGGUUGACCCGCACCCACGAUGCUCUGACCCGUGCGGGGAUGCGAUUGCAUGCUGGGAUUCAGAACGGCCUCGAGGCUCGGCCGCUCGGAGCAUGAUGUACGCAUGGAUUCCACGCUAG